GAGGGGCGGGGCUUGCCGCCAUCGCGCGCUCCCUCCCGCCACAGCGCGCUGUCAAUCAGCGCUCCGCGCAUUCCCAUUGGUCGGUUUUCGCUAAGCCCCGCCUCUUCCCCUGAUAAGCGGCGGGAAGGGGCGUGGCCAGCGCGGGCGGACGCGGGACAGGUUCCCCUCAUGCCGCCCACCGUGGCCGUCGUGGGCGGCGGCAUCAGCGGCCUGGCCGCCUGUUACCACCUGCUGCGCGCCCCCCGCCCGCCCAAGGUGCUGCUGCUGGAGGCCAGUGGCCGUUUUGGGGGGUGGCUGCAGAGCACCAGGACCCCCGAGGGGGCCGUGUUCGAGCACGGCCCGAGGGGCGUCCGCCCGGCCGGGGCCGCGGGGGCCCAGACCCUGCACAUGGUGUCAGAGCUGGGGUUGGCCGGUGACGUCCUGGCUGUCCCCGGGGACCACCCGGCGUCCCGGAACCGCUUCCUGUACCGGGGGGGGACCCUGCACCCGCUGCCCUCGGGGCUGGGGGGUUUGCUGCGGGCGGUGCCGCCGUUCUCCCGGGCUCUGUUCUGGAGUGUUCUGCGGGACCUGCUGACCCCGCCGGGCACGGAGCCGGACGAGAGCGCCCACGCCUUCGCCCAGCGCCGCUUCGGCCCCGAGGUGGCGGAGCUGGCCGUGGACAGUCUGUGCCGGGGGGUGUUCGCAGGGGACAGCCGAGCCCUGAGCGUGCGCUCCUGCUUCCCUGCUCUGUUCCAGGCUGAGAGAUGUCAUGGCUCUGUCCUGCUGGGGAUGGCACUGCCACACGGUGGGGACAUUGGGGACACUGGGGACAGCCGGGCCCUGAGCGUGCGCUCCUGCUUCCCUGCUCUGUUCCAGGCUGAGAGACAGCGGGGAUCUGUCCUGCUGGGGAUGGCACUGCCACACGGCGGGCGCGGCGCUGUCCCCGCGGUGGCGCUGGCCCGGCGGGCGCGAGCCGAGCGCUGGAGCCAGUGGUCCCUGCGGGGGGGCAUGGAGAGCCUGGCACACGCCUUGGUGGCCUUCGUGUCACCUCGUGGGGCUGAGCUGCGCUGCCACGCGCCCCUCACACACCUGCGGCGUCACCGCGGCCGCUGGCAGCUGACGUUACCGGACAGCACGGUCACAGCCGAUCACGUGAUCAGCGCCAUCCCGGCCGCAGCGCUGGCCCGGGCGCUGGCGGCCGAUGCGGAGCCGCUGGCUCGGGAGCUUGGGGACAUCGAGGCCGCCUCGGUGGCCGUGGUCAACCUGGAGUACCGGGGGGUGGCACUGCCCGUCACGGGUUUUGGUCACCUGGUGCCAUCCUCGGAGGACCCGGCGCUGUUGGGGAUCGUCUACGACUCGGUGGCGUUCCCGGAGCACGACGGGACCCCCCAGGGGACCCCCCAGGGGACCCCCGGGACUGAGGGGACCCCCGAGGGGACCCCCGGGACCCCCAAAGGGACCCCUGGGACCCCCGAAGGGACCCCCGGGACCCCCUCCCUGCGACUGACGGUGAUGCUGGGGGGCUCCUGGUUCCGGCAGAGUUUUGGGGAGCCGUCGGCGGCGCCCCCGGAGCUGCUGCUCAGCCGAGCCCGGGCGGCCGCUCGGGACCACCUGGGGCUGCCCGGGACCCCCACCCGCGCCAUCCUCAGGGUGCAGCAGGAUUGCAUCCCCCAGUACACGCUGGGACAUUGGCAGCGAUUGGAGCGGAUCCAGCGUUUCCUGCAGGACCGGGCUCUUCCUCUCAGCCUGGUCGGUGCCUCCUACGGCGGCGUCUCCGUCAACGACUGCAUCGCCAGCGCCAGGGUGGCCGUGGGGCGCCUUUUGGGGACCCCCCCUGACGCCCCCUGACC